GCGCUUUUUCACUCUUUUUGACUGCGGAUAAUAAAAAGAGAGAAACAGAAUGAGAAAGAGUUUUCUAUUUUUCCUUCUCAAUUUUCCCGAGAAACCAGAACGAAACAUUGAUCGUAAUUGAGAAGCACAAACAAACAACACCCUCAGAUCCGCAAAUUGCAUCAAUCGCAAUUCUUCAAUCCCUUCCUUACUCUGUUUUUCAACGUUUCUCCCCUCAGAUUCUAAUAUGUGAAUUCGAAUGUGUUUGCGUUGUUGAUUUUGAAUAGAUCAUGAUGGAAAGGGAAAAUUGGAACGAGAAUAACAAUGAUUAUUAUGAGAAUCAAUUGUUGUGUGAUACUGAUCGUGAAUCAGUUACGAUGCAUUCUUCGAUUUCUUCAUCGCCUCCUAAGCUUGGAUACAUUGAACAUCAUGUAUCCAAAUUGGAUACCUUGGUUGGUAUUGCAAUCAAAUAUGGUGUUGAGGUUACAGACAUCAAAAGAAUGAAUAGCCUUGUUACAGACCAUCAGAUAUUUGCACUUAAAACAGUUCAAAUUCCACUACCUGGAAGGCACCCUCCAUCUCCUUGUUUAUCAAAUGGUUCCAGUACUCCUGGAUAUGGCAACUCUUCUAACAGCCCACCAAAUGAUCCGCAACGAGAACUGCGUGAAUCAUUCCAGUCCGUAAGAUUUAAGUGUUCUGACCGGAAGGUCUCUCCAGCUAUGAGCUCAUUACAGGGUUAUUAUGGACUUCAAGUUCUCCCAAACUCAGAAAACGGUUCAUCAUCCAAGAACACAGCAAUGGCUGACCGACCCUUAAGUCGUCACCGAAAAUCCAAAAGUUUAGUCAAUGUCAUUUUGCAAGAGAUUAUGGAAAAGGAUAAUACUGCACCAGCUGCAGAAACCUGGGAACUUGGCUCUGACAAAUGGAAUGACAAAUUUGGCCAGAGACGUCAGAAAUCUGUAGCUGACUUUACGAGGAUACCGGAGUUGAUUCUGAAGGAGGAUAUUGGCAGCAGUGGCGGUCUUCCAUCAAGAACAGGAAAGGGUUUAGCUCUGAGACCGAAAGCAGCCAGCCGAACUGCAGUGACAAAUGAUUCUGAAUCAAACGGUUUUACUCCUGUGCCAAUGGUCACAGGGGAUGGUUUUCAAACUGAUAGUUCAUCUGGUGUGAGGAAAUCGUCCAGUACAUCUUGUUUGCAAGAUCAGGAGGAUAGCAGCUGCUCCUCAUCCAUUUGGCCAUCCUCAAUGUGGAAUUUGAAACCAGAUUUACAGGCGCUUUCGACUGCAGCUAUUGGAAAACCGAUCUUUGAUGGCUUGCCAAAGCCAUUAACUGGACGAAAGAAUAAAGCUGCACUUGAUUGAUAUGUCAUAUUUAUCACAACAGUUUUGAUCUUUUGUGAGUAAUGGAAUCAUUAGCUGCCACACUAAUGGGUAGGUUGGAGAAGUAAAACAAUGUAGCAGGGUCUUGAACAUUAUCAUUCAUCAUUUUUUUGUAUGGACAUAGUGAAACUUUUAGGAAACAGAUUAUCUGUGGUUAGCAAUCAUUGUGACAGGCAAUCUCGGUCAUUGAUAAAGAUCGGUUGUUGAAAUUUUGAGUUCUUUUUAUAACUCAUUUGAUCUGUAUCUAACAAUUUAGAUUGAUGGAUUAAUAACAGAUGGAAAUUUGUA